AUGCAGACUAACGCAAACGACAGUCCUUCAAAUUCUGAUAGCAUAGUAACGUUCUUGCUACCUGACGCCGAAUUGGCGUCUAAGGUCACUGCUUACUUGAAUGACAUUACCGUGACGGACCAUAACCCAGCGAUUCUCUUUGGCUGGGAUAGCGAAGCGGUUGAACAGUUCGUACAGGCAGCGAAUGCAGAAGCCGAUGGCCAUCCUCAAUGGUUUUCUGAACCUCGAGGCAGUAUCUCGCCCAAGACCGUCAUGAAUGAUAUUAUCACCUAUCUAGCACAGCUUGGUGGCGGUCGUUGUGAUCACGUGCUUUUAGCACCCAACUCGCUUAUUCAGUAUGGUCACUUGCAAGAACGACUUCAAUACAUGCAGUAUGACAAGUUUAUGCAGAAAUGCAUGACCAACGUGACGCCGGGCAGGACACUCGCGCGAACCUUUGCACUAACUGUGCCGUCGGUCGAGCGUGCGGUCCCAACGCAAUGUCUUCCACCCCCGCCACCAGUCCGACAGCUCUUUGCGUAA